AUGGAUAACUACAAACUCAAAACACAGAAAUUACAACAAAAAUUUCAUUUCGACGAGCAUAACAUAGAGAAAAUAUGUACAAGUUUAGAAAACGAAAUCGAAAACUUGAAAGUAGUCAAAAUUCAAAAUCAGCCAUUUCAGACACCCGACGUUCAGCUCUUUAAAGCUGCAUUGCAAGAAACUAAAACCAAUACUCUUCUAGAAUUACCAUCCUUGGCACCGUCCGUCAAGAAUAUUUCAAACACUUCACAAAACGAGAUACCAAAAACUAAUACUACUAAAUAUUUGUUAACUGAUGCUGUGCAAGCUUCGAGAUGUUUUCAAAGAACACAGCACACACAAACAGAAGCAAUAACUUUAAAAGAUCAGUCAAAUAUUGCAUCUGUAUGGAUACUUCAAAAGGAAAUCGGUAAUAAUAUGUCAACAGAAAAAAUCCAAGAAAUCAAAUCAAACAAUUUCAAAAAAAUGUUGUUCAUAUCUGACAGAAUUGUGACGUCUAAUAAUUUUUCCGAAAAACAGAUUGAAUUCAUAACACGACACACUAGUGACAAAUUAAACGCAAUGUCUUACCGUUAUGCGUUAGAAGAAAUAUUACAAUUUUCAAAUGAUAAAUUAUCGAAUUUUUCGGUCACGUCGUUCGUAUGGAACACUAUGAAUGAAGACAUUUUGGCAGUGGGAUACGGUAAAUGGAACGACGAACCAAAUGGUUUUAAAGGUGCUGUUUGUUGUUGGUCGCUAAAGAAUCCGGUUUAUCCGGAAAGAAUGUACGAAUUCAAUAAACCCAUUACUUGUCUUGAUUUCUCAAAAACCCAUGCCAACAUCCUCGUCGCCGGUAGUCACGGAGGAUGCGUCUACAUAUUGGAUAUAGCCCAAGAAAUAUGUGACCCGGUGAUAAUCAAUGAGAAAAACUUACAAAACUUUCCUAUAUGGAGUGUUCUAUCGUUUCUACAAAAAAGUUAUACAUCGGAAGACGAAUUUAUACUAUCCGUGGAUGACAAUGGAUCGGUACGAAAAUGGUCAGGUGGUGUCUCCAAGACUUACAACACAGAACAAAUGUCGUUAAUAUAUUGCGGAAUCCGAAACGAUACCUCGAAACCGAACAAAUUCAGCCAUUCAACCAUCGUUCAAAAUAUGCCCGGAACGGUCAUAUCGUUUCACCCAACUAAUAAGAGUACAUACUUUAUUGGGACUAAAGUUGGUUUCGUCGUACAGAACACGGUUGACAGCUGCAAUCAUUACGACAGAAUUUUCAUGGCUCAUAACGGUCCGGUUUAUGGAAUAAAAUUUUCGCCGUUCUGUUCGAGUAUAUUUAUAACAUACGGAGCCGACUGGCAAAUUAAAAUUUGGAUGGAAAACGUCGACGUACCACUACUAUCCCUAUCUUAUUGCAACUCCGUAGACGACGCCGAUUGGUCACCCAUUAACUCCACAGUUAUCGUCAGUGUUAGCGGCGCAGUCAUAUGUAUUUGGGACUUCGCACGAAAAACGGUCGAGCCUGUCAUGAUGUUUACGUGCAAAACCGGUGUACACUUUUCGCUGGUGAAAUUUUCCAAACACGGUAAUAAUAUUGUUACUGGCGAUGUAAAUGGACUGGUUAGAUGUUUUCACAUCAGUAACAUGCCUUCGCCGUCAUUUCUCCAAAAAAAUUCUAUUCUAACAGCUCUGGAGAAUAUGAUGUCAUCAAAUCAUGAGCUUGUUCAAAUAAUUAAAAAAACCAUGAUGAACAACUAA